AUGACUGAAACACGUCCGAAGCAUUACUUCGGUUUCCACUACCGUAUCCUGCGAUUCCUAGGUCUGGGCUGGUGGCAUGACCCUGAGGAAGGUAAUACCUCCAACUUCCCAGGAUGGUAUCUCUACUACUCCAUCGCCACCCAACUUAUCUGGGUAGCCGGUUUCGUCGGCUUGGAAACUAUAGACCCAUUCGUCGGAGAGAAAGAGAUGGAUCGAUUCAUGUUCAGCCUCUCUUUCGUCAUCACCCAUAACCUCACCCUCAUAAAACUGUACAUAUUCUUCUUCAAAAACGCUGAUAUCCAGGAAAUAGUCCACACUUUAGAAAUCGGGAUUUACGACUAUUAUCAAAACGAUGAAAAAAAUCGAAAGACGGUGAGAAUGUCAAAAAUAGUCACCGCAGCGUUUAUUUUCUUUGGCUGGGUGACUAUUGGGAACGGCAACGUGUACGGGACUAUACAAGAUCUGAAAUGGAAGUCAUUAGUUGCUACUUUGAAUGAUACUGAUGUGCGGCCAGUGAGGACUCUUCCUCAGCCGAUUUAUAUUCCUUGGGAUUAUCAGAAAGACGCUUCGUACAUCCCAACGUUUGUGCUGGAGACUGUCGGCUUGUUAUGGACUGGUCACAUUGUCAUGACAAUAGACACGUUUAUUGCAUCCGUUAUCCUGCACAUGGGCUCCCAGUUUGAAAUACUUCACGAGGCAAUAACAACUGCGUACGAUCGGACAAUAGCUUCACUGCGGGAAGGUGUCCAUGCGGAUGCUAACAAUCUCCGAGAAGGCGAGUCUUCAAAACUAAGCGAAGAUGAAAACAACGAAAGAAUAGUCAAAUCUUUUGUUCCUAAAGAAGACAUUGAUGCAGCGUUAAAAAAUACUUUUAGGAACUGUUUUCGACAGCAUCAAGUCCUUAUCAAUUGCGUGGAGAAAUUCUCUAGAACUUAUUCUUACGGCUUCAUGACUCAACUGCUCUCGAGUAUGGCGGCCAUUUGCGUAGUAAUGGUUCAAGUUUCGCAAGACGCUUCCAGCUUCAAGUCGGUGAGGCUAAUAACAUCAGUGGCGUUCUUCGUGGCCAUGAUUUUGCAACUCGGGAUGCAAUGUCUCACUGGAAAUGAGCUAACGAUUCAAGUCGGCAAACGACCGAUGGACACCCGCAAUACCAAAGGAGAUACGAAGUGCGUUGCCGGCGUUUGA